AUGCGUUUGUUUUCCCUGUCCAACCGCAUCGCCAGCGUACGCACCCGUAUCGACAACACAUUCAGCUUACCGGAACGUUUCAAGGGAACAUUUGUGGAACGACUCACAAACUAUUGGAAAAGUUUGCUUACCGACUAUAAAGAUGUAGCCGUUGGAGUGGUCAAGGAAAGUAUUGAGAAGCCUAAGAAGGCUAUGUUCAACGGUGGCAUUGGAUAUACCAUGUAUUUGUUCGGCAAACGGAAUCCCGAUGAAGAAGAUUUCAAUAUGCAAUUUCGUACGGCCACCAACAAUAUGAUUAUGGUACACCCUUCAUUACAAAAUCCCAAAUCAGAUGCAUAUUUAAGACGUCUGCAAGAGGCCAUCAAUCAAAAUCGGCUGAGGUUUCUGUCACUUGGAAUCUUUACCCUAGUGUGGGAGGAUUUGUACGACAGUGAUGAUUGCACAUAUCCGGCAAUAUGUGAAUAUACAAAAGUGUCUUUCUGGUCGAUACCUCAACAUGUUAUAGAUGUAGGAUUUUGGAAUAGAUUUUGGCGUUUGAAAAUGGAGCUGCAAAACUAUGAUGCAAAUUAUUUGGAAUAG